AUGCCGCUUAGCGAAGAUGUCGGCUAUGUCAUAUACUCCGCAUUGGGCUCCUUCUACGUACCCAGUUGCAUAAUGGUGUUUGUUUAUAUACGAAUUUAUUUCGCUGCCAAGGCGAGAGCGAGGCGAGGCAUCAAAAAACACCCGCGAAAACAGAACAACGAACAGGUUACCAGUUUCUCCACCAUCGGCAAGAAGGGUACCAUACCCAUGCCAUCGUCAAGUGCUGUGAGCGCGUUGCAAAUGAACCAGCAAGCGCAGAUAGCCACCAUCGAAACACCACCGAACAGCGCUUCGCUGCCCAUGCAAAUACCGACAGUGACGUGCGAUCUAGCGUCCGAUAUCUCCACAUCCGAGGCAGCCGACAUGGAGCCGCAUCCACUCGUCUACCCCAAUGGCAAUUCAAAUGUACCGUCCCCGCUGAGUAUGCUCACACCCGGUUCGCCCAACUGUGCGCUGUCGACGGCAGAUAAGGAAACGCUGAAGGUUAGUACGAUAGCGACGGGACGGGGAGCACUCAAUGUGCCUGUGCCACCCUCAAUGGCCGCGGCGACAGCUGCAACAGCGACAGCCAACUCAAACACUUCCAAUAACAAUAACAACAAUGACAAUGUCACGCCCAUAGAUGGUACGUUGCCGACAACGGUAUCGAUAUCAAACACAAACAACAGCACAACAGACGCAACGCUAAUCACACAAAAUGCAAGUGGUGGCUUGACGACGGCCGGGCCGGGGGCAUCGCCAAACGAGCUGCGCGUCUCGCCCAUAGUUAAUAGGUGCCGCGCGCUCUCGGUAGGCAUUGAUACCGACAUGGUCAGCGAAUUUGAUCCAUCCAGCUCGGAUUCGGGUGUGGUAAGUCGCUGUGCGGUGGUGAAACCAUUAAAAUUUAGACUGUGCCAGCCCAUCUUCAGGCGAAAAGCCGCAAAUGCAGAACGACGCAAUGAAUCGAAAGCUGCUGCGACGGCUGCAGCCGCAGUGUCGUCAAAACCGGUACAACCCUCAGAAGUUGCAAAAGCCGAACUGGAGCCGGCCAUACCGAAACAGCCGAAACCGCGCGAUCCCGAAAAGGAGAAACGACGUAUUGCGCGUAAGAAAGAGAAACGCGCAACGCUCAUACUGGGUCUCAUCAUGGGCAGUUUCAUUGCCUGCUGGCUGCCCUUCUUCUUCCUCUACAUCCUCGUGCCGGUCUGCGGCAGCUCCUGCAACAUACCGGACUUUGCGUUCGCGGUCGCCUUCUGGCUGGGCUACAUGAACUCCGCCCUGAAUCCGGCCAUUUACACCAUCUUCAAUAAGGACUUUCGGCGCGCAUUUCGUCGCAUUCUAUUCAAGUGAUGUUUGGCCUAUGUGUGCUGUUAUCGGUGCGUUCAUGCGAGCAUUGAGAAGGCAACUGAACGUGCCAUGGGCAGCACACCAGUCGGUUAUGGCAUGUACCAUUACCGGCGAUAGAUUUGGUUAUUUGCUUUUGUGCGUUAAACAUUCGGAAAGAGACGGGAAGUGUGAUAAUAAAAUCACAAAAAUAACAACAGCCAAAUCAAAAGAAAUCUCUCAGUUAACGGUGAACACAUGUUACGUAUAUUUAUGUGCGCAGGCAGUUGCUGCUUCGCUCCUUCUUCUGCAUCACUAGCAAUGGUUUCUCAUUUCAAAUGCCAUUUUUAUGAUUUCAUGAAAUGACUUAGACUUAAAGCGCUCUAUUGCAUAGCUUUUCGUAUUCAUUGUUAUAUGUAUGUAUGUGUAUGUGUGUUUGUGUGUGUAACUAUUAUAUUGUUAUUCUUUAUUGUUGUAGAAAAAAGUGGGAGAGAAGAUAAAAUUAAUGCUCAUUUUAAAGCAAUGAAUGGCUGUGAAUCCAAUGGGAAAUUCAUAUUGCUUAAAAACCAAAUUAAAAGUCACUUGAAAAAGUUUUGUUUCAACUAAUUUACAAAAGGUGAAUAAAUAAAUUACUAAAUUUAUUUCCCUAAUGGCAUUUGAAAUGUUUUACCGCAGUGUUUUUGAACAAGCUCACAAAGCCCAAAAUUUGCUAUUAAAUUUUCGAUCGAGAAAAUUUUUUGAGUUAUGGCUUUUUACUAAUCAGAACAAAUUGUAUACUUGAAACGAAAUAAUUAAAAAAUACAA